AUGGCAGAAACAAGUGAAGCAAAACCCAGUCCUUCGGCUCCGGGAGGUGAUGCUGGCGGAGAGGAAGAGAAACGCGAUGAACGAAUGUUAGAAUGUAACAUCUGUCUUGACACGGCUAGAGAUGCUGUAGUUAGUAUGUGCGGACAUCUCUUCUGUUGGCCAUGUCUGCAUCAGUGGCUAGAAACUAGACCAAGCCGACAAGUAUGUCCCGUCUGCAAAGCAGCUAUCAGCCGAGAUAAAGUCAUACCUCUGUAUGGACGAGGUAAUACCAAGCAAGAGGAUCCAAGAAAUAAGGUCCCUCCCCGUCCAGCAGGGCAAAGGACAGAACCUGAGAAUAAUAGUGGAUUUCCAGGCUUUAGCUUUGGGGAAGGAUUUCACAUGUCCUUUGGAAUUGGAGCCUUCCCGUUUGGGGUAUUUACGUCAACAUUCAAUUUUGGAGACCCAAGGCCUAGUCCUGCACCUCGGGGCACUGCGCAAUAUGAAGAGGAGCAGUUUCUAUCGAAGAUAUUCUUAUGGGUGGCGAUCCUUUUUGUUCUGUGGCUGAUUUUCGCAUGA